GAGCAUCUCCAAUCAAACCCUCAACGCACCCCUCAUCCUAUUUUUUAGGAAAAAAACGCUCGAACGUCUCUCCAACCGAUCCCUCAUCGGCCUCCUCAUCUUUGAGGGAUCCCCAUUUCACCUCCGUCGACCCUCAGAUUUAGGAACCGCUGCCGACUCCCUAUCCGUCAACGACCUCUCCUUCCCGUCGCUCCCUCCCGCCACGGACAUUUCCGGCGACGACGCGGCUUGCCCCGCGCCAGCUCCUCCCUUGGCCACCCGCACCGCCGGCUCCCUUGACCACCCGCUCCGCCGCCCCCUGGGCCACCCGCCCCCGCCCCCGUCUCCGCCCCUCCCAAGCCGCCCCAGCAGAAGCAGCAGGAGGAAGAGAAGGAGCAGGAGGAGGCGGCGUCGUUCGUGUUUCCGGAGCCCGUGCAGGUGGGCGAGGUCACGUAGUGCUCACUCGGCCCUGUAGUCGCAGAACCUCGUCCGGCUGGCUGUUGCCUGGGAGCAAGCGGUCGAGAUCCAUCCCCAACCCCAAGAUUAAUCCGGCUGUCAGAGAAAGAAUCACAGGAGUAAUAAAGCAAGAAUUCCUUACGAAGGAAUUGUAAAUGUGAUCGAGGCAAAGGUUAUAACAAUGGAUGGUUUUUUGGAAUUGAUGAGUGAACAAAACAUUGAAGACAAUGGACCGUAUUGGGAUGAUAGUCAAUUUGUAAGCCCACAUGAGGAGAAACAACUGCCACAUGUAGAAGCUGGUGCAUCCCAAAAAGCAAAAAAGGCUAGAUCAAAAAUUUUCAGUGUAAAAGAAGACAACAUGUUGGUGUCGGCAUGGCUAGAAGUUAGUUUGGAUGCUAUACAAGGGAAUGAACAAUCCCGUGCUACGUAUUGGCAAAGAAUUACUGAUUAUUUUCACGAGAACAAGGACUUUGCAUCUGAUCGUAAUUCCAAUUCUCUCCAGCACCGUUGGUCUAUCAUACUAGAAGGUGUUAACCGGUUUUGUGGAUGUUAUGUCCAAAUUCAAAACAGGAGGCAAAGCGGCGUGACAGAACAAGAUAAGGUAAUGCAUGCAUGUGAAUUGUAUAAGUCAAAAGACCCGAAGGGCAGAUCGUUCGGAUUGUUGCAUUGUUGGAAUAUCUUGCAGCACGAGCAAAAGUGGAAGGAUAGGUGCGUUCAGAAAAAACAGAAGACAUCCAGCACUGGAAGUCUGUCGUCCACUCCUGAGACCAACGAGAGUCAUCUAGAGGAUGAUGGGGAGGGUCAUACUUCAGAGCCUGUGGUUAGGCCAGGAGGUAGGAAGGCGGAGAAAGAGCGACAACGGCGAGGUAAAAAUCCUGUCUCUCCUGGAGAUAAUCUUUACAUGGAAGCGUUGGAAAACAUGUGGGCUAAGAAGAAAGAGGCAGAAGCCCUGAAAGAGGUUGCAAAAAAAGAGCGCUAUGAUGAGAGACUUGCACUUGAGAAGAAAAAGAUUGAACUGAAGGAACAAGAUAUUGCGUUAAGGAGAAGGAUUGAAGAUGAUAAGGUGAUGAAUAUGGAUCUUAGUGGUAUGAGUGAGCGACAACGACAAUACUAUACGAGUUUGCAGGAUGAGAUCAUCGCUCGGCGGUUUGGCACAGGCUCGGGUUGAGCUACUUCAUAUAUGGAACUUUAAGUAUUUUGUUGGCACUUUAAAUAUGUUGUAUGAACUUUAAGUAUGUUGUAUGAACUUUAAGUAUGUUGUACGAACUCUAUGUUAGUUGUAUGGACUAUCUAUGUUAGUUGUGUGGACUAUCUAUGUUUGUUGUA